GGAUAACGGGAUAAGAUUUUAGCUGAAUGCAACUGCAGCAACUCCACUGAUCGAAAUAAAUUGCUGAUUCUACAACAGUUUUGCGGCAAUGGCUUCCACAAGUCUUUCAUGGACUUCAUCUUCAUGGCUUCAGAAUCACACCUUCUCCAAAAACACCGCCGCCAAAACUGCCGACGGAGCUCCGCUUCUCAGAGUUGUAGCUCAAAAGAAGGCUAGAAAACUGCGCAAGGUUAUACUGAAGGAGGACGUGACAGCUGUGGGGAAAAAGGGGCAGCUGCUGGAUGUGAAAGCUGGAUAUCUUAGGAAUUAUCUGCUGCCGCUGGGUAUGGCGCAGAUUGUCACCCCUCAACUUAUCAAGGAAAUGAAGAUGGAAGAUGAGAGGAUUGAGGCCGAGAAGAAAAGAGUUAAAGAAGAGGCACAACAGCUUGCCACGAUUUUUGAGACAGUUGGCGCUUUCAAGGUGAAGCGCAAGGGUGGGAAAGGAAAACAAAUUUUUGGAUCUGUCACUGCUCAGGACCUCGUUGACAUUAUCAAGGCCCAACUUCAGAGGGAUGUCGACAAAAGAAUUGUCUCACUUCCAGAAAUCAGAGAAACUGGAGAAUACAUUGCAGAGCUAAAACUCCAUCCUGAUGUCACGGCUCGUGUAAGGGUGACUGUGUACGCUAACUGAGGACAUUCUAGGGAUACACAUAAAAGCCCAAGUUUCUGAUUUUGGGGAUUUUCUCAAGGAUUCUUCGUGGUUCAAACGGUUAUAGGUUUUAUGUCUGAGGAGAAUUCCAUCUCUGUAAGUCUUUGAUCCAAUGUACUUAGUUUUGAGGCUACAAUUGCUUUGGCUUUUUGUAUCAUAUCUAUUUCCUGUAAUAGUUUAUUGGGAUUCAUUAGCAAAUGGAGAUAUGGAAAUGUAGUUGCAUUCUUCUAUCA